UUCGAAGAAGUAGGAAAAACAAAAACAAAGAAGAUCUAUUCCAAGGAGAGAAAGAGAAUGAUGAAGAAGCAAGUGACGAUCGUGGCGGCUCUUAUGAUUCUGAUGGCUUUAUCUUCCAGCUUGGAUAUGGUGGCGGAGGCUCAAUUAGGCCCCGGAGACUGUUACGACGGUUGCUCCACCGCCUGCGUCCAACGUGACUCUAGAAAGACGUCCCGAUGUGAUCGCAAGUGCUCCAUUCGUUGUGGCCCAGAUGCUGUCAGGGCAAGAGGGACUGGUGUUUGAACUUUAUAUCUUACCAACAUCCAUGCAUUUAGAUUCAAUUAUGUUGUAAUCUUAUCUCUAUAAUCGUAUCUCUGGAAAACUUAUUCUGUAAUAUCUAUGUAGUUAUUGAAACCAAUAAAUAAUAACAACUAAAAUGGUUGAUUAAAGUACGAA